UUGGUAACGCUCAGUGAUGUUUAGUGAGUAAUGAUUCAUACUUUAAACAGUUCAGACCUAAUGUCUUUGUGCAAGUUUGCCUUGCCUGGGACUAAAAGUGGGGCAUAAUAGUCUCUCCUUUCUCACGGCAGGACUUGCUGGUUGCCAUGCUAAUGCUGCUCGCCUUUGGAGUGCUGCUGCAAGAAAGCCUGGCUGGUCCCCAAGAUGCAAAUCUCACUGAAGUCGGAAACCUUCCAGAAACGCCGUUAUAUAGCUACGAAAGUCUCAACUUGCCAGAGGAGCAUAUUCCAUACUUUCUGCACAACCAUCGGGCUCUUGCUGCAGCCUGUAAGCAGGACUCACAUUGCCCAUAUAAAAAAUCCUUGAAGAAACUAAAAUCCUGCUGGGGCUAUGAGAAAUCUUGCAAGCCAGAGCACAGGUUCAGUUACCCGUUGUGUGACUAUGUUGAGACUGGAUGGGCUAACAGCAUUGAGACGGCUCAAGAGAUUUUCUGGAAACAAGCUGACUUUGGCUACGUAAGAGAGCGGUUGGAUGAAAUGAGAACCCACUGCAAGCCAAUGGAAAUGGGGGAUUCCUCGCUUACCUGUUCACAGUACCUUCAGUAUUGCAGAGCUACCAACCUGUACAUAGAUUUGAGGACUGCCAAGAGGAGUCAUGACAGGUUCAGGGAGGACUUUUUCCAGAAAGGAGAAAUCGGUGGCUCUUGCAACCUUGAUGUUCGAGCUUUCCUGGCAGAAGGUCAGCGCAAGAGUCCUCUGCAGUCUUGGUUCGCUGAACUCCAGACAUUUACUCGCUUGAGUUUCAGACCCAUAGAAGACGGGAAAUGCGACAUUGUUAUUGAAAAGCCAACUUACUUCAUGAAAUUAGAUGCAGGUGUCAAUAUGUACCAUCACUUCUGUGACUUUGUCAAUCUUUACAUCACCCAGCACGUUAACAACUCUUUCAGCACCGAUGUCAAUGUUGUCAUGUGGGAUACGAGCUCGUAUGGUUAUGGAGACUUGUUCAGUGAGACAUGGAAGGCAUUUACGGACUACGAAAUAAUACACUUGAAAGCGUUUGACUCCAAAAGGGUAUGUUUCAAGGAAGCUGUCUUUUCGUUAUUGCCUCGAAUGCGCUAUGGCUUAUUUUAUAAUACGCCACUGAUCUCUGGCUGUCACGGUACUGGGUUAUUCAGAGCAUUUUCCCAGCACGUGUUACACAGAUUAAAUAUCACACAAGAAGGACCCAAGGAUGGGAGAAUUCGAGUCACGAUACUUGCGCGCAGUACAGACUACCGGAAAAUACUAAACCAGAAUGAGCUUGUCAAUGCUUUGAAGACAGUCUCAUCGUUUGAGGUCAAAGUAGUAGAUUACAAGUACAAGGAACUUGCAUUUUCAGAACAGUUGAGAAUCACACACAACUCCGAUAUAUUCAUCGGCAUGCAUGGAGCUGGACUCACGCAUCUGCUCUUUCUCCCAGACUGGGCUGUCGUUUUUGAGCUGUACAACUGUGAAGAUGAACGGUGUUAUCUGGAUUUAGCAAGGCUCAGAGGUGUUCACUAUAUCACUUGGCAAAAAAAGGACAAAGUCUUUCCUCAGGAUCAGGGACACCACCCGACACUGGGGAAACAUCCAAAGUUUACUAACUACUCCUUCGAUGUGGAAGAAUUUAUGUACCUUGUGCUUUUAGCUGCCAAUAGCGUAUCGCAGCAUUCCACGUGGCCGUUUAGGGUAAAACAUGAUGAAUUCUAGAUCAGGUUCCAGAUUUAAAAUUAUUUAAAAUAACACUCUUAUUUUUAUGAGCAAGAUAGGAGAAAAAAGCUGGUGGAUAUAAAUGUAUAUUAACUUAUAGGGGGAGGGGAACCCCCACUAUCCACUGACCAAAAUGCUCUGAAUGUUCAGUAUUUUUAUAUUUCAUCAGAUCUGAGUUUUAUUAUAGGAGUCUUUGUCUGUAUGUAAUGUCUAUUUAUCAAGACUUUCUUUUACACUGAUCCCUUGCAUUUCUAAUCGUAAGCUGCUUGUCCUGUGUUUACAAAGAUUUGAACGUCCACCCAUUUCACAUCAGAUUUGUCUUGUAGCAAGUUGUGUGUCCAGAGGAGCAAGCUGGGGCAGGGAGAUUCAAUACACAGGCGUUUCUGAAGUCUGUUGUGGGAUGGAGGAAAGGCCAACCUUCCUCCUUUGGUGCUGGUAUUGUUUGGCCUUGAAGUUUUUAUGCUGUAGUACCAUAAAUGUUACAACUCAAUACCCGAGUAGAAAUCGACUUCCUAUCACUUACGGAUUUUUAAGCUGUUUCUUUGUAAAAAUACCUGUUAGAAUAAAGCAGUUAAAGUAAAGCUUAACAACUGCUGUUUGAUACAGCGUGUACCCAAGGGUCCCAUUUUAAACUUGGAAGCAUUUUCAAGAUGCAGGGUAGCGUGCCUUGCAUGUUUAGUUAAGAGCCUUAAAGCAGCAGUAGUUCACUUGGCUCUUGCCUCCAAAAAUUAAUCAAAAAUUAUUAAAAAGUUCUGGCUCUGGAUUAUGUCAGGCUUCUCUUCCAAAGGGUGGGAAACAGUUGUGGUACAAACUUUUAGGUAGUUGAUAAUUCCAAGGUUUUCAUCAAGUUUCAUGAAAAAUGUGCUUCUAGGGCAGAAGGCCGAACAAAAAAUGCUAUUUGUUGUCUGUCUUCACAUGCUAAAGAGCUGUGGGUUUCUUGGGGCAAACAUGACAGCAAAUGCAGGUGCUUUGAAAUGGACUUAUAUUGCAAAAAAAAUUGUUCCUGUGGUAGGGCCAGUUCUCAAUGGGGGUGCUUUCUGUUGGCUUGAAUGGGAUCAAUAUUAAACAAAUGGGGAGAGAUGUUGAAAGUCCUGCUCAUGGGGGUGGAAGUUGGUGGGAAUUUUGCUGCUGGCUUCAGUGGGGGCCAAACGAGGCCUUUAAGAAAACUCCCUUUUGAGCUAAGAUCCAGGUCCUGCAGGAGUCCAUGAAGCAUGCCCAUUGACUUCCUUGGGAGCACAGCUAUCUGUACAAACCUGUAGAAAUAUCUGAGGACCGAGUUGAACAGAUAAACAACAGUUUCUUGUUAUAUGCUGGAUUUUUCAUGAUGAAUUCCUAUGGCAUUUUUCUUUUAUAAUUGUAUCAUGUCUCGGUAGCUUGAGGCAGAGUGUAUACUUGUAAAAAAAACCCAAAACACAAAAACUCAAACCUUCUUGCUUUUGCAUACAUGAAGUGUAAACACUUGAGUGAUAUAACUGUAGGUAUUAUUGACUUCCAUUCUCUAACAAUCAUAGGCAAUUUCACAGAGUGUAGAUAUGCUUACUGCCCUGCCUAUAACUGUAAAGAUGAAUUACCAUAAGCAUAACUUUCAUAUAGAUCUCUCCUGACCUUCAGCUGAGUAUAGGAAAAGCGAGAUGGAUUGAAAACAGAAUGCAUUAAGAUAUUUGGUGCAGUUCCUAGAGUCGGAUGUUUGGUGACUUACAGAUAAAGGUAUUUUACUUCUUAAAGAGCUGUGGAAGCAAAAUUGCACUUCUUGACAUGAAAAAUGCCUUAUUGAAUUACAAAUAUUUGAGCAAUACAGAAUGACUGUAUUUUUUAUUUUACCUCAUUUUUUUUU